GAAACAUGAAAAUCAAAUUAUUCAUUUGUUUUCCUUGUGUUGAAUGCCAGUUGCAUGCAAAACGACAUUUUUUCCGGAAAAUAUCUAGCUGACAUUCAAGAUGGCGGACCCACCUCCUUUAGUGCUUUGUAUGGAUAAUAUAAAUGGGGAUGAAGUAGCGUUAAAAAUCGAGCCGCAUGAUGAUUUUCGACUGUUCUUGGAUAAGGCUAAGUCAAUGUUAGGCUUUGAGAUCGACAUAAACUCCAUAACUGGAAACCAACCUGUAUCCUUAGACGAUAAUAUCUACCAAUUCCUUCUAAACGCUGAACAAAAUAUAGCCAAUUCUGGCUUACGACAUACGUACGACACAUUAGAUUCAAAUACAAAUGACGACUUAGUAUAUGUACUCGAUGAUGGAACGCAAAUUAGGGCUUCCCUGAUCCAUUUUGACAAUGAAGAUCCUCUAAUCGAUCUAACGUUAGAAAAAAUACCUUUUGUCAAAUAUAAAGACGAUCCUGACGAACUUACUGAUAUCAAUAAUGAUAAUAUAAGUAUUAAGGAUGUGAAUAUUGAGAGUCCUGUGUCCAGAUGGUCUAGUAAUGCAUCUAGUCCUAAAAGUUUUGUUAACAGCCUACCAUUUAAACUAGUAUGUAACAAUACAUCCAAUUUUGAAGCUCAGUUCACUAAAUAUCUGGAAUCUGGUGCUAAAACGUACACUAUGUUAAACCCAGUCAAUAGAAACGUAUCUCCGACAAGUAUUAUUAAAGAUAACUUUAAAAAGUAUGACGAUGAUUGUCCAAAAAGUAAUAUAUUUACACGAGAAGAUAUACUGAAUAUGUUUAAAGAUUCUCCAGUUAACUCUCUACCGUACGAUAAAAGUAUAAAUUAUGAUAAACGAAAGCAUGUACGUAAAACUGAUCCAACGAGAAUUGUUCACAAGAAUUGGUAUAGAUCUAACUUAGAUUCUGCACAAAACCAGGAUUGUUGUAUUUGCGGAAGAAUUGUUGAGAACAAUCUAGAAAAAAUGUAUUUAUUCGAUAAUGAAGACCAAAGAAUACACAGAUGUUCGCCGCAGAAAAGAAUGUCAAUGCAGUUGAAAAUUAUUUGCGAACAAUGCUUGGCUGAUAAUUUUAAACUGUGCCUUGUGAAAAGUCCCAAUGAAGCCUUAAACAGUGACGAAUAUUUGGUCAUAAAGAACAACCAGCAAUACAUAUUUCAAAAUGUAACGGAUAUAGAUUUGAAACGGCGUUGCUUCGACCAUUCCAAAGACAAAAUAGAGACCACAGACUCAAUUCCCGCGCAAGAGAGUUCUAGUGACGUAGAGAUUAUAGAACCGGAUAUGGAGAUAGAUAAGGUCAUAGACAAUUUGGAGGAAGCUGAUGAAGAUGUUAAGGAGUUUUUAGGGAAAUACCAGAAUGAUAAAAUUUAUGAAUUGAAAUGCAGGUUUUGCGAUAAAAUAUUUGCGACACUUGAAGAAGUUAUUGAUCACUGCGAGGAACAUAAGCACGAUUUGUCCGAAGGGAUUGUAUAUCCUUGUCCUUUGUGUGAUUAUGGAUAUGCCAAUUCAAAAUGGUUGAAAGGUCAUUUAAAAGCAGCUCACGAUAAACCGAAAGAAGGAGAUGCUUUAGAAGAAGUUAAAAAAGAGGAAAAUGCAAAUUCCUCGGAUGAAUCGUCGCCUGUGGCCAAAAGAACGAGAAGUGCUGUGAAAAAAGAAAACGAUACAGAUGCCAAAGACGAUGAAAAUAAUACAAUAAUGACAACUGGGGUACCAACAGUUGAACUAAAAACCGAAGUGAAGCAAGAAGCCCUAGACAGUGAUGAUGAAGACAUCUGGAUAGUUCACACCGGUGAUGAUGCGCAGGAACAACAGCUGCAGAACUUGCUUAGACUUAACGAGACUGAGAGCACACAAAAACAUCAAGCUUUGACAAAACAUAAAUGUUUCAACUGCAGUCGAAUCUUCCCAACCGCGGAAAGUUUAACUACCCACAAAUGUCGUAAACGAGGUAGGAAACGAAAAUCUCCGACUGGACAAUCUGGAUUAUAUGUGCCCACUAAAGAGGACUUUUUGAAGAGAGCCCAAGGCAGACCUAGACAAGCUAGCAGCACUAACGAUAGCUUAUUGAAAGUACGAAAGAAGAGAAGCCGCGACGACAGUCCGCAAAUAGUGACGUGCCACAAUUGUAACGAAUCUUUCUCUUCUAAAGUGAGAUUGAAGUUUCAUAUGCAGUUCCACUCCCCCAGUUCGCUGCUCAAAGCCGGCAAUUACCACUGCUCCGCUUGUCCUUCACACUUUUCAAAUGAAGCAGAACUAUUCGAUCACGUGCACUUUAGACAUUCGAGGCAAAGAAGAUGGCAGUGUCCGCUCACUGGCUGCGGCAAGACUUUUCAUUUGAGGGCAACAUUAACAAAGCAUAGUCGCACGCACACAGACACGCGGCGGUACGUGUGUGUGACGUGCGGGAAGCGGUUUCUCGACAAACAGACGUUGGACGAACAUGGCGUUACACAUUUACAGAUAAAACCGUACCAAUGCCACAUUUGCCUGAAACAACUGACCCGCCGUUCCCGACUGCGCAUGCACCUACGUGCACACGAAGAAGCAAGUCCGAGGCUCUUGCGUGUGUGCGUUAAUUGUUCUAGAGCCUUCCGUGACGUGGAGGAGGCUAUGGAGCACAUCACAAAACACGCGGAGUGUGUUGUGGCGGUUGCGGGCGAAGCGAAGCGGCACGAAGCGGGACAACUGUCGCCCACCAGCGGGCUGGUUACACGUGCACAUACACAAUGUUUCACGAAGCCAAUACCACGCGAAGUGUCCACCGACGAGAGUCGAACCCUGCUCCACGGGUUGGACGCUACAGCGCUAACUAUUGUGCGUGUGGUGCGGGUUGAUAAGGCUUUCCGAUGCGAGUAUUGUGAGGACGUGUUCUACUUGGAAGAAGCACUCAACUCGCACAGGUCAAUACACAAGGGUGUGAAGAAUCCGUUUGUCUGUCACAUUUGUAAAGUCAGCUUUGCUACGUAUUCCAGAUGUACAACACAUAAAACAACACACGGCUUUUACAAGCGCAAUUUGACCGACUGCAACAAGGAGGGUGCUAGUUCGAACAUAUUGGGUUAUGGCGGCUUUCCCGUUGUCAAGCAUUUUUUGUGCGAGGAUUGUGGCCGUUCCUACCUCCAUUGGACAUAUUUACAAGUACACAGGCGUAUGAAGCAUGCAAACGAAAACUUUUUGUUCAAAUGCAAUCAGUGUGAAUUGACCUUUCCCAAUAGUUGGAGUGUCGCAUACCACAGGAAGAAAGUGCACGGCAAGACUUGUCAAGAAGAUGGCGGCACUACUAAAAUUGCUAGACAGGAUUAUUACAGAAUACCAUGCCGCGACUGUGACGAAGUUUUGCCGAACAAGAUUGAGCUUUAUAAGCAUAGACAGAAGAUGCACUGCGAUGAGUCGCUUGAAAAUGAAGGAUUUGAAGCGAAUAUACCAGAAACAAUAAUAGGCAAGGAUACAACAGUGUGCUCGAAAUGUGGACACAAUUUGCACAACGCGAACGCUCUGCAGAAACAUUUGAAAGAAGUGCACGGCGUAAACGCGUGUGGUGCUAACAGGAAUCGGGACGAAAGGAACGUAGCUUGUGACCUGUGUGGAGUUAGCUUUAGACGCAGUUCGCGAACGAACGCAGCGGGAACGCGAGCGAAGCGAUGUGCUAGAUGUAGACUGCGAAACGAUUUGAGACAUUUAGCCGCAAGGAAACUUGUUGUUAUCGAGGUGCAAGGUUUGAAUCCCAGUCCGGAGCAAGUUUUACAACAUUUGGUUCAAAAUAACAUCAACCGGGAUAAAGUUAUUGACGUAUCUGUUGUUUCUUUUGCUAAGGGGUCAACGAGUAUCAUACCGAAUUCUCAAAGAGCUUUAUCCAUGUUGAAAGUACCAAGGACAAAAAUUGAGUUAGAAAAACGGAUUGACAAUAAAGAUAUAUUUUCACAAACAAGAAUGAAUAAGGCGGCGCACACACCUGCGAUUCUACAACACGCCAGCCAAGUGUACGGUGACCCUAAUUACACUGUUAGGAGUCGUGAUAUGCAGCAAAUAAACGUCCAACGCUUGUUACAAGAUGGCGGUCUAGUCAACAACCAAAUAUUGAAUUUAAGCAACAAUAGUAAUAUGUUAUUGUAAUUAAUUGUUUUAAUAGUAAAUGCGAUUAAAGUUCUGAUUUUA